CACAUCAUUGAUCACAUUCUUAAAGGUGGAAUUCUUUUUCAUCGUUCGUCAGUCCAAUUUUAAUUCCGAGACGAGCGUUGCAGUUGUACGCCAUCCUACUUACACAGACUUUCCACAUUGUGAAUUAAGCAUGGCUUUGGACGGAUGUGGCCUUGUUUGCAAAUAUAUCCUCAUCCUCUUCAACGUUAUUUUUGCGAUCUUGGGCUUUGUCUUGUUGGGCCUGGGCCUGUGGCUGAGGUUCAGUAGCAACACCAGCCCAAUAUUUGAUAUAGAUGGCUCCAGCACAUUUGUUUAUGGUGUGAUAAUACUGAUCCUGCUUGGCACAGUCAUGCUGAUCUUGGUUACGAUUGGAGACUACGGGGCCUGCAGUGAGAAGAAAUGUGCUCUCCAAUUGUCCUCUGUUCUCUUGUCCAUCCUGGCGAUUGCAUUGGUUGGUGUCGGAGUGGUUGCUUACACCCAGAGGCAAGAGGUUGGGAUGAGGGUUGCGGAAUUCUACACUAGCAUCUACACUCUGUUUGCAGCCACUGGAGACGCCGGCCUCGGUGUCACAUUACUCUUCGUUCAUGAGAUGCUUCAUUGCUGCGGUGUGACAGGCAUCACCUUGUUGGAGGUUGUAAAAGAGACUUGCCCUCAGCCUCAAGGCUUCUUCGAGAACAUCGCCAUGUCUACAUGUCCUGGGGCUAUCACUGAUUUCUUCACCAGUAGUGCACCAAGGGUGAUGGCCAUCUUCUUUGGAACAGGAGCUCUUUUGUUCAUUGCUCUAAUAUGCAGCAUCAUCCUCAAAGCCAAGCUGAAUGAGUCGAGCUCUCCAUCUCCUCAGUACAUCAUCUUGACCAACGCGUCUCCAUCCCUGCCUAACUUGUCCCAGUAUCAACUUGACUCUGACCAAGACCCAAUCGUUUUCCCUCCUCUCACAUUGGCCAACACUACUGUGGUCCAGACUUAGUCUACUCCCAUUCUUUUUUUUUUUUUUUAAACCUAAUUCCAUAAUUCAAAACUUCAUCACACACUUUUUGGCUCUCACCAUGACUGCUUCUUUCCCUUUGGCUUUAAUUUCCACUCUACUUUCUGUGUCUAUAUUAUAGAUCACUGCCCUGGUGUGCACCAUUAUCCUCUUGAAACAGAUCAAGAGAAACCUGAUGGCCCACGCUGCCCACUACUCUGCUGUUUAUUAGGUGGUGGGAUUCCUCUUUCAUUUCUAAGCUAAUUUCAAAAUGUCAACGCCACGUGUGCUCUUAUACGUGUUUCAAUAUUAUUAUAUGCAAGCGUUCGCCUUGAAUAAUCAUUUGUCGCGUUAAUAUGGGAUUUACAUUUCGGGUAACACAGGGAAGCUAACAGUUGAAACGAUGUUUAACCAUUUAAACACGAUGGAAAAUGUCAAAUUUAAUUUGAAAAGAAACUUACUGUAAUAAGAGCCAUUCCUUUGUUGAAAUUUUAGUUUAUAUACAAGUAUGUAACUUUAAUAAUUGUGUCACACUGAACAUUUUUCUGUCAAAUUUGCUAAGUCUUUUAUAGUAGUUAGUAAAGUUAUUUUAUUUGUGUAACCUGCAAUUUUUAGGUACAAACUAAAAUGGUUGGAUUUUGUUGAAGGUCAAAUUUUACAGACCUUGCUAGCGACAUUUCAGUUACAUUUUCUUCUUUUGGGGACCCAAAAGACUCGCUGCUGUUCAAUGCCUUAGAUGAGUGCUUUUGUUUUAGAAACUUUGUUUUGCACUAUAUUGUAGAGACCAUGUUUAUCUUAAAAAAAAUAAACAGUUUGUAAUA